AUGGACUGUUGCUCACCAGGCCUCUCUGCCAAUGGGAUUUCCCAGGCAGGAAUUCUGGAAGGGGCUGCCAUGCGCUUCCUCCAGGGGAUCUUUCCGACCCCAGGGAUCCAGCCCAGGUCUCCUGCAUUGCAGGUAGAUUCUUUACCAGCUGACCCACCAGGGAAGACCAGGAAUACUGGAGUGGGUAGCCUGUCCCUUCUCCAGGGGAUCUUCCCAACGCAGGAAUCAAACCACGGGUCUCCUGCAGUGCAGGCGGAUUCUUUACCAGCUGAGCUACCCUUGGUGGGAAUUAGAGGGGGCUGCCAAAAAAAAAAAUAA